AUGCGGCAUGAGGGCCACAACCACAGUCGCAAAGAUGUGGUGAGCGUACAUAACUCAAGGCUAGUGCAGUAUGUGCGCUCCAAUCGAGGCACCGAUCUCGUUUACCACCAGGGAAACACCUACACGCCCAAUGAAAAGUUGAGGGAAGGACAAAAGAGUCGAGACUGGAAGUGCUCCAUGUAUCACAAGGCCAAGUGCCGAGCACGCCUGGUUACCCGCAUCACCAGAGGAGGCGAUAUAAUCCACGUAACCAGCAACUUGCACACGCAUCCCACAAUGUACACCACACAGAAAAUGGAUGCUCGCGUGGAUGACCGCAAAAUUUGCCUCGAGAGGAACCCACUCUGCGUGAAUACACGAUCGAUCAAAAUGUAAACUCGAUUCAAUACGGAUAAACCCGGAUAAGUUUAAGGUGUACGGAAUUUAAGUUCAUCAUUGCCAUAAGCUCUGAAACAUAUCAAAGCUGACAUAAUUCCCAAAGACUUUAUAGUUGUAAUUUAUUAAAAAAUUUCCAAAAA